GACGUGUCUAUAGAGCCAAGCAAGCAAUACAAAAAAGAAGAUCGAAGAGUCUCAGCUCCAUCGACUGCAUUCAGUUAACUGCACACAUAUCGCGGCCACGAUUGGACGUCUCCAUAUCUAUUUUGCUGCUUUGCUUUGUAAUUCGAACGAGCUUGUUGAUGUUGGUUGGAUUUUAUCGUACAUUUGAACACAGUGCUUUGUUUACUUCAUCUCAAGAAUAGAGAUUUUGUGGUUCGACGUUUUGAGCCAUCUAACGUUACUUCCCCUUGGCUUUGGCGUUGCAGGUCAGAGGCCGAGUUCAACUUCAACUCAAGCGAGGGUCUUCGAAUCUGUGCAGCCAGAGACUCGCCAUCAGCACUGCCGCCUAGCUGGGGCUUGGCUGGCUCUGGAGGCCUCUAUCAGAUCAGGCAGGGACAAAAAUUGGCCCAAAAAUUCAGCCGAUGAAUGGAAAAAAAUGGGACACACCUAUCAUGAGGCCAUGAGAAAGGAAAUGACUAGAUUCUGGAGGAAAAUUUUCUAGCUAGCCUACAACUUAAGCUUUUCAAUAACACUCUGGACAUACCCUGGCCUGGGCUUGGCUAGUAGAAAUAUAUAUUACUAUUAGGCGCAAAAAAAAUAUUUGUUCUUAAAGUAAACACAACUCAGCGGAACAGAAAUACCUGAGAAGUUGCAUUUGUUUUCACAAGCUGUUGAGAAAUUAAGCAAUGGCAUCAUCAUCAUCAGUAACUCCAGAGUGCUCUGGCUCUACUACUAAAGACCCACCAAGUAUUGAGAUGCUACAUGUAUUUCGAGAGCUUCUUGUGCAGUAUCUAGAUCCGCAAUGUGCCUAUGAUUCCCUUAGAUUUCAUUUGGGUGCUAAAUCUUCCAUGAUCCAUGAUGCAAUCAAAAGAAGCAGACAAGAAGGAGUGAGAGAGCUGCUACAGGCAAUUGAUGACAUGGAAGAUAAGAGAGGAGUUGUUAAGAAAUUCAUGGAUUCACUCAAGAAGUCAGGACAUAGGUUCCUACAUGAUGUUAUCCAUAUGGAAAAGAAACUGGAUGAUAGCUGGGAAUUGAAAAAUCUCCUCUUGGGUACAGAAGAAGAUUUGAUAAAGGUCCCACCGCUGGAACUCUUGCCCCAUUUAACCAGCUUUGAAAACCAUGAAAAGGAAGCCAUCAGGACAACUGAAAGGACUCACCCACCAAGAACCACCUGGAGUGAGUUGAAUUUGCGUCUCCAAGCCAAACCAUCAGAAGUUAUGGAAGAGCUUAUCGAAGGACUUCGAGAAAUUAAAUACCCUGUGUUGGCCCAAAGUUUGGAGGAUGCAUACAGGGGUACAGGAAAAGAUAGCCGUGGAGACCCAGAUGGCCAUGAUAAUGACGAUGAUGACAACGGAGGACCGGCUAAAGAUCCCGAGAACAAGGAAAGGCCCAGUAAUGACAAACAUGGUCCUGAUGAUGACAAGCCUGACAGCGGAGAUAAACCAGAUUCCAGUGGUGCUGGUACUGCUGAUGAUGGACCUGGUGGGCAAAGAAGGUCUAAUGGUGAAAGACAGUCUGGCGAUGAAGCGAAUGCUGAUAGUGUGUCACCAAUGCUACAGCUACUGCAACUAUCAGAUGCACCCAAACCUACCACUCCUUCCAGCACUGCUUCUGUCACAGAGAGUAAUAUAGCCCACAGUACCCCUAUGACCUUAGAGAGUCUACAUCUCCAUGACUACCAGGAAGAGUUGGCAGAACACUCCCUCGAAGGCAAGAACUCGGUCAUUGUAGCACCUACGGGAUCUGGGAAGACUCGGGUGGCCAUCGCCAUCGCAAUGAAUGCUUUGAUGAAGCAGAAUGGAGCCAGCAAGGAACAAAAAAAAGUUGUCUUUAUUGUAAAUAAGGUUGCCCUGGUAGAGCAGCAGAAGAAAGCCUUUCAGGAGUUCAUCCCCGAGGUUGACGGCAUCAGCGGAGACAUGUCCUCUCAGGUUCCCUUGGUGCAUCAGUUGGAGCAGUCUGAUGUCAUCGUUCUGACAUCACAGAUACUCCUCAACGCCCUCCAGGAUGGGAGCUUCUCUCUUUCUUCCCUACGCCUUAUCAUCCUAGAUGAAUGCCACAACACCCAGAAAGAAAAUCCUUACAACUCCAUCAUGGCCUUUUACAGAGACAUGAAAAAAAGAAAUCAACCGCCUUUACCACAGGUUGUGGGUCUCACUGCAUCGCUGGGUGUGAAGAAGGCCAAGAGGCAGAUCGAUGCCGUCAAGCAUGUCCUCAAACUCUGCGCCAAUCUCGACGCGGAUGAGAUCUCAACGGUGGUCAGAUACAGAGAUAGCCUUAAGAGGAGCUACCACACCCCAAAAGAAGAAACAAUUGGAGUAGAGGGGAGAGACGAUAAAGACCCAUUCAAGAUUGAACUAGGCCGUGUAAUGGAGCCAGUCGAACAGACUAUAGUCUCAUACCUUGAUAAGAUAUCGGAGGGAGGAAUAACUGGUAAAAAGAUCCUGGAAUGUCGGCAAGAAAUGACAGAGAUGUCAUCUUUUCGAGGCACUCAACAAUAUGAAGGGGUGACCACCAAGUUACUACAGUUCCUCUCUGUUGAAGUGAAGGACUCCGAAAUAGCCAGGUUUCUUCAAGAUUGUGCUAAUUUUCUAAAGGUAUACAACGAAUCGCUGUACAUCAACAGAGACGCCAGGACAGUGGACGCUCUGAAUCAUAUAAACUCCUAUACACAGAUUCUGAUCGACAGGAAUCAAAACACGGAGGCUUCAGUGGACAGACUGAUCAAACUCUUUGAAGGAAUCAAACCUAAGAUUGAGGAGAUAUGUCAUGGACCAAGCAAUGAGAAUCCAGUGCUGCAGCGUUUGGAGAAGAUCCUAAUUCAAGAAUACGAAGAAAAGGAAGAGACUUUGGCCAUCCUGUUCACCAAUACCAGGGACUCCACAAGAGCGCUACAAGCCUGGAUCCAGGAAACACCAUCUCUGGCAUCCGUCAAUCCUGGCACUCUCAUCGGGACGGGUGGAAGUACUGGUAUGACUCAAACCCAACAAGAACAGUUACUUGCCAUGUUCAAGGAGAAGAAACACAAGCUCGUCAUCUCAACCUCAGUAGCAGAAGAGGGUCUGGACAUCCAGAUGUGCAACCUUGUGAUCAGAUACAACUAUGUCAGAGAUGACAUAGGUAGAGUCCAAGCAAGGGGAAGAAGCAGAGCGGAGGGCGGGAAGUUCUACCUUGUGUUCAACAAACGCCUUCGCAAGCUGGCUGAAAGAGAGAAAAUGAACAGGAUUCGUGAGCGGAUGAUGGAGGAAGCUACAGAGACUGUCUGUGGGAUGAUCAAAGAUAACAAACAGGAGUACUUGGAUAAUAUUGCUGAACUCCAGAGGCAAGAUGCCAGCGAGCGAUCCCUUCAGAGGUCUGGCCGACUAGCAGCUGAAAAAAAGAAAUCUAACCGGAAAGUCCACAAGGAAGUCAAGCUGCUCUGCAAACACUGCCGGGAAUUCAUCUGCUACACGGAGGACAUCAGGUCCAUCAACGGACAGCAUCACAUAGUCAUCGAGGAAAACUUCCGAGAACGCAUCAUAACGGAGAGGUUCCAAGAAGACCAAACCCUCUACGGGGACGUUAAGGUGUCUCAGGAGGUCCAGUGUAAAAGGUGCAAGCAGCAGUUGGGGUUCAUGAUGAUCUUCCGAGAGCAUGAACUGCCGCUGCUCUCCAUCAGGUACCUGGUCAUCGAGGUGCGCAAAGGCAUCAGGGUUCACAAGAAGAAAUGGAGCGACACAACCUCCCUCUUCACCAUCAAGGAUAUCGAUCUGGAAGAUCUGGCGAAGAGACUGGACGUCUGCAUGGAAGAUGAAGAAUCUGAAGACGAAACUAUUGAGAAAGAGCAAUAGUUCUACAAAACUGUAUAAAAAUCAGUUAAAUUCAGCAAUUGUAAUACCCGGUAAUUAGUUGUUUUUCUUCAUAUUUGUACCAGCGAAGCUUAUUGAUAAAAGAAAUAUCAACAAAAUAUCUACCAGUACCAAUGGUGCAAUGAGAAAAGCAGAAUUUUAAGGAAAUAUCAAUAUCAAAAGAAUAGUUAAUCCUUUCUAAAUUAAGUCACCAUGCAAAGAGUCGUUUAAGUGCAAAACGUGAUGAUAAUGACAACAUUUUAUCAAUGUUAUUAAAUCCAUGGUAUCAAUCUAUGCUUUCUCAAAACUUGCCUUUGAACUAACUUACGGUUAUGUGCUUGACCCGUUGCUUAUAGCAAGCAGCUGUGUCAUGUAAAUUCUUAAACUAUGGUACUUUGAAAUCCAAUUAGGUUCUUUGCUAUUCUUAACUUGCAGUAAUAGAAACUUUCUUCAUAGUAAUUUGACUUUGCGGUAUUUACAUACUUUUUUUUUAUCUGUGCUUGCAAUUUAUAUGAAAUUAAGAAAGGCUUAUAUAGAUAAAUUACAAAUGACUUUAUGAAUGACUGGUGCACCUUUCUGAGGUGCCAAGUCAACAUCAAUGAAAUUUCAAACUUUUCUCGCUCAUCUACACGUAUCCACAAACCUUUCAUAUCAUAUUAGGUAUCAAAGUAAAGAAGAAAAAUUGAAUUUCAGGAUGAUAUAAAUAAAUCCCCUCUGUUGAAAAAUAUAACUUGCCAUCCUGUUUUCCUUACUUAGAUUUUCUGGAUAUUUGUACAUAAAAUGCUAUCACUUUAAAGAGUUAAGAUGAGAUGAAACUGAAUGUUUCAUCAGGUUGUAUCCAGAUUGUCUUUCAUUCAAUAUUCAGUUUAUCUGUGCACUAUCAAAUUUUAAAGCUCUUACAUCUAUGUGCAGUAGAACAUGUAGCCAUACCAUGCAGUCUAUUUAAUACUUCAACAUGCAGUUAGGUUCUUUCAGUUCUUUAAUACUUUGCAAUAAUGAAUAGCUUUAAUUUGUAGCCUCUAGGGUGAUAUAACCUGGCUGUAAAUGAUCGAAUUUGAAUUUUUGUUGUAUAUAUUGUAUCAAAAAUAUCUGCUUAACUUAAUACAGAGUAUAUUAAUGUAAAGGUAUUCCUAAUAUAGAGGGAUAAUAUCCAAAUUUAUUACAAAUUUCUAAAACUAAGUAAGAGCAAAUCCUCAUAUCUCUUAUGACAAGGUAUUUAUAUUUCUCAUGGCAGGCAAGAUUUUACCCAAAGUUUUAGGAAAAUGGAUGAAGUGAAUAAAAAAAGUAACCGUUUCAGCCUUAUCAUCAUUAACAUAGCAUACAGAGAAGGCUUUUCAAUGUAAUUCUUUCAAAUGACAAAGAAAUAUGUUUCUCAGGUGAGGACGGCAUUGUUUGGAGUUCAUCACAGCCUUACUCCCCAAACUUGGAAAAAAAUAUCUGUCUCGGUGGCCGUCAGCAUGAACCAGUCAUGUCGUGCGUGGAGUAAGAGUUACCAAUGAAAUAAUGAGGAAUCACUUCCCCAUAUUCUGGUAAAGUGAAAUAUACCAUAAUCUCAGAGUACAAGUUUUUUUAAUUUGGAUUUCUUUCUCUAUACUAGCAGUCUAAAGUAAGUUGACAUCAUUUAACAUGCCACCAUAUUAUUUUGUCAAGAAGACACAGAUUUCUAAAUCAUUUAAAUAAUAUGUGUUGUAAAAUGCAUUGCAUUUUAUUUUAUAAGCAAUCGUACUAUAUAUGUUUGAUUUUAAUUCAAGUGCAAAUAUUUUUUUAUAUAGAAUAUUUUGAUGCAUGAUAUUUACUCAAAAUAUUUCAGAAAUCUUUAUCAAAGGCUACAUACAUGUACACACCUUAGUUUGUUAUACAAAUGUGACAUGCGGUAUCAAGCAUUUAUUUGUUAAAGUAUAUUGAGGACUCCAGCUUAUGAAAUGAGCCAUAUUCUCUUAGAUGGAAAAGUGACAUAACCUGAGUUUUUCCAAUAUAUUUUGAUGGUGAGAAACAAUAAAGCAACUCUUGUUGAAAGAAAAGAAUAGUGCUUGAAUUUCAUUUGAUCCAAAUGAAAGUUUGGUAUUUAAUAUUGAGGUGAACAUAAUUCAUGUUUAUUAUAUUUUAAUAACAGACAGUUGACCGAUUUCCAAUAUUUGUGUUUUUUUUCUUUUAAUACAGAAGAAAGUUUUAAAAUUAAUUUGUUUUAAAUCCAAGAGAUGAAAUCA